AUGACAUUAGAACAUCCAGAUAUUGAUUUAAAAGAAUUAAUAAUUACAAGUGUACGCGAUGAUGUUCAAUUACAAAAUGAUCUACGUGAUUUAUUAGAUAAAAAUAGCAAUGAUUUUAACUUAUGCUUGGAACAUUUGGCUACACAUCUUGUAGAACCAAUACAGCAAUACAUAGAUAAACGUGUACUACCAAUUGAAAAAAAAAUAAAUGAUUUCGAACGUUAUUCGAGAUCAUACAAUCUUAGAUUCGAUAGAAUUAACAACAGCGUACCGGUGUAUUUAUUGAAAAAUACUAUUGUUCAGGCUGCUCAAAAAUCUGGUAUUCAAAGUGUUGAUAUAAAUUUAAUUGAAGUAGCAUAUCACGUGGGAAAAUUAAAAAAAGCAUCGUACAGUUAUAGCAAAAUUCUAUUCACGGGAAGUUGUUCAUACAUUACUAGUCAAUCGUAA